AUGCCGAGCCGCACCGCUUACGUCCCCAACCUCAUCGGCAUCGUUAUCGACGACCGCUACGCGAUGAUGUCGAAAAUGGGUGCCGGAUCCUAUGGGGUCGUCUACAAAGCCAUCGACUCCGAUUGCGAAGGAGACGACGAGACGCGAACCCGUGCCGUCAAGGUCGUCGCGAAGGCGGGUCGCAAACCGGCCUACGUGCACGCGCUCAGACGCGAGAUGGACCUCCACUCCCGCGUCUCCGCGCACCCCAACAUCAUCACCCUGCACGAGACCUUCGAACUGCCUGACUUCGCGGUCUUCGUCAUGGACGCUUCCUCGCGUGGCGACCUCGAGAGCUGGAUUUCCUCCAGCGAGCGCCCCUGCGCGGACGAGCGGGUCCUCCGAACGAUUUUCACCGAGCUGCUCGACGCCGUCGCGUUCAUGCACGGGCACGGGGUCUACCACCGCGACAUCAAGCCCGCGAACGUCCUCAUCGACACCGACCCCCUGCACGUCUACCUCGCCGACUUCGGGCUCGCGACCGAGGACGAGCAGUACACCCGCCGGGUCGGCACCCAGUCCUACAUGCCCCCAGAGUGCGUGACCGCGACAGCAUUCGAGGUCCCCGAGUCCGCGUCCGCCGCCGCGUCCGACGUCUGGGCGCUCGCGAUCGUCUUCCUCAACGUGCUCACCGGGCGCGUGCUCUGGUGGCGCGCGAUGCGCGAGCACACGGCCUACACGCAGUUCCGCGCCCGCCCCGCCGCCUUCCUGCUCGACAUGCUCCCGAUCGACCCCACGCUCGCCGCGGUGCUCGCCGGCAUGCUCGCCGAGGACCCGCGCGAGCGCGUCUCGGCCGCGGCCGCGCGC